AUGGCUCAGUUGUCUAAGAGGGAAAUCAUUGAAUCUAGGCCUAUUGGCGACGGAUUGAAUGCAUUCCGCGACGAGUUCGUAUCGACUUGCAGAAGUUCGGGUCUUCCUUGCUCCGUCCAAUCUGUACACGAGCUUGAUCAUGAUGCCCUUCAGAACCUGUGCAUCUGCCUAAUACUGGCAUUGCAGGCCCUUCCCGCUUCCCGCGCCUUGCCCCCUGUAGUUGGCGCCCACAAAAACCUUUUUAAUGAUUUAUCCAGGUUAAGCUCGAGUGUCAACUCCGACGAAUUCAACCUGGAGCGACUUCUGCCCUUAUUAAUCGCGGCAUUCGAAAGAGAAUCUGAUGAGGUCAUUUGGGAUAACAUCUACGCAGCCGCGGCAGAAACCACGCCCCCCCCAAGGCCACCACCGUACGUCGAGCAAACGCCGUAUUCCUGUUCUACAAGCAUGAUCUCGAAUUCGCAUGAACGUCGGGAUGACAUAGACCCUGUGCUGAAGGAGGAAUUAGGCUCAAUAUACACGGAUGUGCCUGGAUUUGAGGAGGCCUUCUUCGGAGGAGUGGAAGAUUUGGAGAAAGCUGGCACUGCUGUCUUCCAUAGAUCCAUUGAGGGGGAUGAUCCUCUAUACAGGGAAACAGCUGGCUGGCGUGACUGGCCUCAAUCUGCACAGGAAAAGCAGGUCCUGGAUUGGCUAGUCACAAAGGUUGAAAGGUUUUACGAAAUUGCAACAGAAAAUGUUUUUGCCCCGAAAAAUCAUCGCAAGGUUUUAGGUUGGCCACAUCAGCCACUCCAAGGGUCUACCGCUGCUCGGAAGCUGGAUAUUGGGUUUAUUCCUUCUCUAGAGUCAGCCGAUAAAAGCACCCUUUGGUCGCAUAUCCUAGUUAUUGGCGAACUGAAGCGCAAUCCCAAGAUGGACACAGCAUCUAGCGCAUGGCGAGAUCUGGGACGUUAUGCAAGGGAAGUCUUUGCUGCCCAAGACACCCGUCGUUAUGUGUUGGGUUUUACUCUUUGUGGACCUAUUUUGCGACUAUGGGAGUUUGAUCGUAUUGGAGCCAUCGCGUCAACGCCUUUCGAUGUCAACAAAGACCCUGUCCGAUUCAUUAUAUCGAUGCUGGGGUUCCUUCAGAUGGAUAGUGACCAAUUGGGGUACGACCCUACUAUUCUCACUUCUUCUGAGGGGUAUCGAUACGUUCAGAUUGUACGUGAUGGACAGCCGGAGCGUCUUAUUCUUGAGGAACGUAUGAGGCGUGCCUCGUGUGUUGUUGGUCGGGCUACAAUAUGUUGGAAAGCUUACCGUGAAGGAGAUAAGUCAAAGACACCCCUUGUCAUCAAGGAUUCGUGGCAAUACCCAGAAAGAGAGGAAGAAGGCGCGCUUUUGCGGGAUGUGACGCAGAAAGGAGUGGUUAAUGUGGCCAGGUAUUACUACCACGGGACUGUACAAGUGGACGGUAAGAAUGACGAUAUUCAGGCUGCCGUACGCAGAGGACUUGAUAUGGCACGCGCAAAGAAGUAUCGUUUCCCGCGCUCUGAUGUCUCCUAUAUCGGAUUCGCUUCAACAGAUGGAUCAAAAGCGAGCCACUCUGCCGGAGGUGCUGGGCAUAAGCGGUCAUCCAGCCAUCUCGAAGCUACUCUGCCAUCUACCAAGCGCUCUUGCUCUAGCUCCCCGAUUAGAGAUAACCAUAGCCAGGAGAAUAGAGUACAUAGACGCGUUAUUGUUCGCGACUACGGAGUGCCUAUUUACAAAGCUGAAUCUCGCGUCGUCAUUCUUUCUGCACUCGAGAGAUGUAUAGAAGGGUAUGAGUCGUUGCACUUGCACGCCGGGCUUUUCCAGGGCGACAUCUCGACUGGAAACCUCAUUAUCAAUAACGAGGAAGGUAAUCCGUCUUGGCCAGCAUUUUUAAUUGACCUGGACUUGGCUAUCUGGGAGCGACGUGAACAACCUUCCGGAGCGAGAGGCAAAACAGGGACAAGAGCCUUUAUGGCAAUAGGGCUCCUCCUAGGGGAAAAGCACUCAUUCAUGCAUGACUUGGAGUCAUUCUUCUGGGUUAUUUUCUGGAUCUGUAUUCACUACCCUGCCUUCACCAAGAAAAAGGUUGUGCGGAGGUUCGAAAAAUGGAAUUACGUGGAUAUGGAAGAACUGGCUGAACUGAAAAAAGGAACUGUAGCCCAUGAAGGCGAUUUCCUUCACAUGGUGGAAGACCUCUUCACUGAUUUUUAUAAGCCCUUAGGCCCUUGGGUCAACCGCUUGCGGAAGGUGGUAUUUCCAAACGGUGGGAGAUGGGAGAAGGAGACCAAAGAUCUAUAUGUUCAGAUGAGAGAAGUUCUAAAAGACGCCUGUAAAGAUCCCAAAGUGCUGGCUGAAUAG